AUGUAUAUUCUUGAGCAACUGGCGCGUCUACUCGACCGCCCCCUCUUCCCUUGGAAGAAUGUUCUCGUCGGGUUCUCGUUGGGUCAGUUUUUUCUUGAGGGGCUGCUGUCAUUCCGGCAAUACAAGGUCUUGCAGCGGACAAAGCCUCCGCAAGUCUUGAAGGGUGAAGUGUCUCAGGAAGUCUUCGACCGCAGUCAAUCCUACGGUCGUGCUAAAGCCAAGUUCGGUUUCAUUUCGGGUCUGUACGGUCAAAUCCAGAAUCUUGCAUUCAUCUACGGCGAUAUCCUCCCCAAGCUCUGGGGCGCUAGCGGUCUUCUACUGGCACAAUACUUUCCUUCUUCAUUCCAGGGCGAGAUCUCACAGACUCUUCUAUUCAUCUUUGGGUUCAAUUUAAUCACCACGAUUCUGUCCUUGCCGAUUUCGUACUACAACACUUUCGUCCUUGAAGAGAAAUUCGGCUUCAACAAGCAGACUCGCAAGCUGUGGGUCACGGACCUGCUGAAGGGUCAGAUGCUGGGCAUCGUGCUAGGAACUCCUAUUAUCAGCGCGGUGCUUAAGAUUGUUCAAAAGUCUGGCAACUCAUUCUUCUACUACCUCUGGCUCUUUGGUGUUUUCGUUCAGAUCUUCGCCAUUACCAUCUACCCGAUCGUCAUUUUGCCCUUGUUCAACAAGCUGUCUCCCCUGGAGCCCGGCCCGCUGAAGACUGGUGUCGAGGCCCUUGCCAAGAAGCUGGAAUUCCCUCUGAAAGAACUGCAUGUCAUCGAUGGUAGCAAGCGGAGCGCCCACAGCAAUGCCUACUUUUACGGACUCCCCUGGAAAAAGCACAUCGUGAUCUAUGAUACCUUGAUUGAGAAGAGUGAGCCGGAGGAGGUUGUUGCUGUCCUUAGCCACGAACUAGGUCAUUGGAGUUUGAGCCACACUACAAAGCUGUUUGGUAUUGCUCAGUCUCACAUGUUCUAUAUUUUCGCUCUCUUCUCAGUGUUCGUGAAUAACAAGUCGCUGUAUCAAUCCUUUGGAUUCUACAACGAACAACCCAUCAUGAUUGGCUUCCUUCUGUUCUCGGACGCUCUGGCACCAAUGGAUGCUGUGGUCAAGCUCUUGAUGAACAUCCUCAGCCGCAAGUUUGAAUUCGAAGCCGAUGCUUUUGCCGUGAAACUUGGAUAUUCCAAGGAACUCGCGCAGUCUCUGCUCAAGCUUCAGAUCCAGAACCUGAGCACCAUGGAUGCGGAUUGGAUGUAUGCGAGCUACCACUACUCGCACCCGAUUCUUUCGGAGCGCCUUAAAGCGCUUGGCUGGAAGGGUGGGAAGGUCACCAGCAACAAGGAGGUGGACAGUGAAAAACCAGUUAAAGUGACUGACCGAGAGUUGUAG